CCCCCUUAAAUCCCCACUUACCUCCCCCUUUACACCCCCCGCAGCGCCCACCUACGCCGGCAUCCGCAACCCUGACGCAGAGAAGUACACGCCCACGACCAAGAAGCCAAUCGCAGGCCCUGUCAAGCCCUCGGGAGCCAAACCCUCGACGACCACCACCGAGAGUACGACCUCCCCGGACGACACGACCGAGGAAACGACCACCGUGGGAUCUCCUGACGACGGCGGAGACGAAGGGGCGCCGACGGAGGCCACUGUCGACGAAGGACCCACGACCCUCAUGCCCGGAACCAUCCCCUCGCCUAAACCUAGUGAUGUUUUAAUCCGCGCCCAAAAGGUCGAAUCUGAGGAUGAUGGUGUUUACUUGGACAUCAUUGACGUCACGCCCGCCAUUUCUGCGUUCAGGAGAGCCUUCGAGCUCCGUGUGAAUGCCAAGUGCUUUCAGUACGAGGAUGAGCCUCAGCCAGGAUUCAGGGUCAUCGGAGGGGAAUACACCAGGAUUAACGAAUAUCCCUGGCAGGUGGCUCUGGUUUAUCGAAGGAAAUUCUUCUGUGGCGGUUCCCUCAUCAGCGACAGACACAUCCUCACAGCUGCCCAUUGCGUGUUUGGGAGCUUCUCUGCGGGAAUUAGCGAUCUCCGCGUCAGCAUCGGCGACCACGACAUCUCCACCAAGAAUGAGACGGAGCACAUCGUCGGCAAGGUGAAGCACGUGCACUGGAACCUGCACUACAACCCCCACACGACCGUGCACGACAUCGCCCUCAUGGAGCUCGAGGAGCCCGUCACCUUCCGCCACGGCGUCAGCGCCGUCAAGCUGCCGUCGGACCUCGACGACCUGUACGAGGGCGAGAACGCGACGGUGACCGGCUGGGGGCGCUACAGCGUGCGUCUGAAGGCCACCAACCCGGUCCUGAAGGAGUACACGGGCCCGCUGACGAACAUCUCCAAGUGCGUCGAGGCUUGGGACGCUUUCCGCGGAAUCUCCGCUCGCUCGCCCAACCACGUGUGUUUGGACGUUACCAUGGGAACGCCGUGCCAUGGUGACUCCGGCGGCCCUCUGGUGGUGUGUUCGGGGGUGCAGUGUACCCAGAUCGGCGUCGUAAGCUUUGGAUUCCCGAUGUGCACCAAUGUAGGUCUACCCGCUGUCUUCACCCGCGUGUCACAUUACAAAUCUUGGAUUGACAUGAAUCUCACGCCCCUGGACAUUUUUUAAACUUCAGAGGGCUAGAGAGGGGAUUUUUUUUAAGAUUAAAAAGGGUCAGUGGCUGUUAUGCCCAUAGUCCGCAAAGGGUGACUGAUGUUGGUAACGCUGAUAUUCCCGAUGUGCGUUUUCGUUAUU